UGGCUAGCAGAGUCAGUUAGGGACACAAUGUUGUUAAGAUCCUAUUCUUUACUCCAAUAUUAUCCUCUUUGUUUGAAGAUCUGAGGACGUCUUCGGAGGUCGCAUCAGAAACUUUCUAAUCAUCCAAACAGCAUCAAGGCUUCUAAUUUCUCGGUACAACUAAGCGAGGCAUUCAGACAAGCACAUCUGAUUUCUGCUUCUCGUUCAUCAGAAACAUAUAAUCAGGUAGUUCUGAAUGCAAAAUAUCAAAGCGGGUCUAAUAAUGUGGAUAUUAUAUAAAUCACCGUGGCAUCUACACCAAAGAGGAGUACUAUCGUGGGUGUAUUUGUGUUCUGUAUGCUGAGGAUUAUAGAAUCAGGGUGGUUAAAGAAAAGAAGCUGAAUCAUUUUAUGAAGCUAGCAUCUAACUGGCCCAAGAACCCACACAGCAUUUAUUUAGAUGAGGUAGUCACAGAUGAUCAGGCCCCGAUUUCUCGAAACAAACUUUAGUUCAAAAACACACUUAAGUCUGAGUUUUUACUCAAAUCUGAGAAAACUCAGCAAAAUUCAUUUCUCAAACCAAACUGAGUUCAAUUUUCGACUCAAACUGAGUUCGAAACCACAUAAAACUUAAGUAAGCCUACAUGGUAACUUAAGUUUUUAUUCGGACAAAAAUGGCGAUUGCUAAAAGACGUAAGCGGAGAUUGAGAAGGAGACAGGUUAUUUCCAGGCGGCUUACCGAUCGUGAAAACCCACUGGAAUACAUGUCGGACGAUGAUUUGUUCCUUAGAUUUAGGUUUCGGGCGGAAACGAUUCUUUACAUCGUGUCACUCGUGUCCAACAGACUGCAAAGACCAACUCAACGUAACAGCCCCCUUCCACCCUUAACACAGGUACUUGUUACGCUAAGAUUCCUUGCUACGGGAGGCUUUUAUUCCCUCAUUUCUGACUCCUUCUCGGCAAUAUCUGCACCAUCGGUCUUCCGGUCUGUCCGAGAUGUUUGCACCAGUCUAUGUUCAGCUGCUUACCAGUUUGUGAGGAUGCCGACAGGAUCAGACGCAGACACCACAAAACAGAAGUUUCACAAAAUCGCAGGAUUUCCAAAUGUGCUAGGAUGUGUAGAUGGCACAUUUGUAAGAAUCAUAGGCCCAAAGGUGAAUGAAGGUGACUACCUGAAUCGUAAAGGCUAUCAUUCGAUGAAUGUUCAGAUGAUCUGUGAUGCAGAAUACAGAUGUAUCAACUGUGUAGCAAAAUGGCCAGGAAGUGUACAUGACAGCAGGAUAUUCAGGGACAGCAGAAUCAGUGUUGCGUUUGAAAAUGGCACAUACAAAGUUUUUUUGUUAGGGGAUUCAGCCUACCCCUGCAAAACCUACCUGAUGACACCAUUCCUCUCUCCAGCAUCUAGAAGUCAAGAAAAAUAUAACUGCUGCCAUGUCCGAACCAGAGUUUUAAUAGAACAAAGCUUUGGCAUCUUAAAGCGGCGAUUUUCUUGUUUACAUAGUGGCCUUAGAACAUCACCAGAGAGGGCCUGUCAAAUUAUCACAGCAUGUGUAGUACUUCACAACAUAGGAAUUGAUAGGAAAGACAUAAUUAAUUUGCAUCAUGAACCCUCUGAUGGAAUGGAAAAUGCCAAUGUCAAUGUCAACAUUGCUAAUGACUCGAGUGGUGUUAAUGUCAGAAAUUAUAUAUGCGAGUCAUUCUUUUCAUAAAUCUAUUUGAUGUAUGGAAGGUAAGAUUUAGUCUCCAUACCUGAUGCUUGUUUUAAUGAAUGACUAAAAUGUUCAUUCUGUAAGCAGAUACAUCUUAUGAACUGAGGUGUGAAUUUGAUGCAUGAAUAAAUAUGUGCAUCAUAUGUGAUUAUAUAUACAUGUGUAAUUGUGUACCAAAAUGUUUGAUUUGUGUAAGAGGAUGUGUGCAUUAUUAAGUGUCCAGUUGAUGUGGUAUAAACCAACUGUUUCCACUGAAUUUUAUCUGUAUAGAUGCAUCUGUAGUAAUGAAAGAUAAGAACAUUUUUGCAUGACUAAAAUGGUCAACAUUUAUUGAAAGAAUACCUCCAAUAGUUUGGCAUAUUUCAUGUGAAUGGACAGACAGACAGCACACAUUCAUCUGUCCCCCUUCCACUUCAUAGCAGGGGAUAGUAAAUAAAUCCACAAUAGUAUUUCAAGUUCAACAUUUAUUAACAGUAAAACAUUAAUAAAAAUCAGAUUAUCUCCCUUAUCAAUGUUAUCAAUGUUAUCCAUAUUACAUCCAUUCCAAUAAAUUGAUCAAAUUGUUUUGGGGGCCAAACCAAAUAUAUGAGUUCAGUUGAAAAGAUUAGGUUACAUGUAAUGCUAUUGAACUCAAGGAUCAGGAAUAUACCUGCUCAUCAUCACACAGGUUUUCAUUUCCCUUAAAGUAAGAGUUCAUUGAAGGAAAUUGGCAAAAGUAGAGUUGAAAACAGGCUUACAUUCAGUAACACAAAUUUAGGGCAAACAAUGAAAAACUAGCUUGCCAAUAUUUACUCAGUUUCUUCUCAUAUCUUCAUUAUCUAAUAAGAACAUUUCCCUUGUUGUGUGGUUAUUUCUUCCUCACAAACGUUACUUUUUUUCCCGCUUGUAC